AUAGUGAUCUGUGAAAGGUACUCGGUCAUCAAAAAUGGCAGACGUACCGAUCGAUUGCGAUUUUCCUGUUUGGGGAUUAAUGCCGAAAAAAGAAACAGGGGUCGUCACAUUUUUAAAUAAAAACGCAGAGUACGAUGGCAGGAAUACAGUCAUCGCAAUUUUCGACUCGGGCGUCGAUCCCGCGGCCGCGGGCCUUAUGGUGACUAGCACAGGGGAGACUAAAGUUAUAGAAAGGUUUGAUUGUAGCGGCUGUGGAGAUGUGGACACUAGUACGGUUAUUCGGAAGGUAGUGGACGGAUGUAUUACCGGCACCACAGGUCGUAAAUUAAAGAUACCAGAAUCAUGGACCAACUCCACCGGAGAGUGGCGGAUAGGUGUACUCUAUCCAUUCACCUUAUACCCCUCUAAAGUGAAGGAGAGGAUCCAGGAACACAGGAAGGAGCAUCUUUGGGAUGUGGGACAUAAGACCGCUUUUGCAGAGGCUAGUAAACAGCUCCAGGACUUCGAAAAUGAAGUGGCAUCCAAGACAACUCUUAGUCAAGAGGAGAAACUACAAAAAGAGGAACUGGAGACCAGGGUAGAGGUGUUAAAAGAGGCAGAGAAGAAAUACACAGACUUGGGUCCCGCUUACGACUGUGUUCUGUUCCAUGAUGGAACUGUGUGGAGAGCAUGUAUAGACACGUCAGAAGCAGGCGACUUGUCCACUGGUCCACUGCUGGGCGAAUACAGUUCCACACAUGAGCAUGUGCAUUUGACAGCAUUGGAUGAGAUGACAGUCAGCAUCAAUGUGCAUGACGAAGGCAAUACACUAGAAGUUGUGGGAAUGUGCUCUACCCACGGCACGCACGUAGCAGCGAUCGCAUCCGGUUACUUUCCUGAGGAACCUGACAAGAACGGAGUAGCGCCCGGCGCUAAGAUAGUCUCCCUGACCAUAGGAGACAGCAGACUUGGCUCCAUGGAGACGGGGACGGCGCUGGUGAGGGCCUGCAUCAAGGUCAUGGAGCUGAGCAAGACCAUGAAGAUUGACGUCAUCAACAUGAGCUAUGGCGAGCACGCGCACUGGUCCAACGCUGGUCGCGUGGGCGACAUAAUCAGCUCUGUGGUGAACCGCUACGGAGUAUCGUGGGUAGUGUCGGCGGGCAACCACGGGCCGGCGCUCGCGACGGUGGGCGCGCCGCCCGACAUCGCGCAACCUAUACUGAUUGGAGUGGGCGCGUACGUGUCAACGGAGAUGAUGCUAGCGGCAUACUCGAUGCGCGCGCGCGGGGCCCCGGGUGCCUUCAGCUGGAGCUCGCGAGGCCCCUGCGCGGAUGGGGCCGCCGGACUAUCCGUGUGUGCGCCAGGGGGAGCCGUAGCGUCGGUGGCCAGGUUCACACUGAGAAACUGUCAACUCAUGAACGGUACAUCUAUGGCUGCGCCGCACGUCGCCGGAGCCGUAGCGGUGCUAAUAUCGGGGCUCAAAGCGAAGGAGCUGCCCUACUCGCCGUACUCGCUAAAGCGCGCGUUGGAGAACUCCGCAGUGUAUCUCGAGCACGUGGAGCCCUGGGCGCAGGGCUGUGGCCUGCUCAAUGUGGAAAAGGCCUUCGAAAUCCUCACAAACUUCCACUCACAGCCGGAGCGGGAUGUAACGUUCAACCUAAAGUGUGGUAGCAGCAACGCUAAAGGAGUUUUCUUGCGACCCAAGCCCGAUGACGUCACGCAUAAGGACAUCGGCAUCACGGUCGAACCACAGUUCUUAGAGAACCAUUUGGAUGAGGAAAAUAAGGACGUGAUACCCAAGCAGAUCGCGUACGGACAGAGGCUCGCGCUGACUUGCGCGGCGCCCUGGGUGUCCCACCCUGCGCACGUGGACAUGAUGAACGCAGCGCGCCCGCUGGCGGUGCGCGUCAACAUCGCCGCUCUGCCGCCCGGACCGCACUUUGCCAGUAUAAACGCCUACGACGUAUCAUGCAUAGAGAAGGGGCCGGUGUUUCGGAUACCCAUCACAGUGCUGCAGCCACAACCGCUGGCCAUGUCCACGUCGUCCGCGCCGCAGAUCGACGAGAAGGACGUGCUGUUCAAACCAUCCACCAUCAAGCGGCACAUCAUUGUGGUCCCCUUAGAAGCGACGUGGGGUGUAGUACGCAUCCAGCGGCGCGGCGGGGAGAGCGGCGCGCGGUUCCUAGUGCACGCCAUGCAGCUGGCGCCGCGACGAUCGUGUCGCGCGCACGACACGCACCGCAUGCUGGCGUUGGCGCCGCUGGUGCCCGUCGCCGCUCCCUUCAAACUGCUGGGUGGCGUCACCUUGGAAGUGGUGAUAGCCAAGUACUGGGCCAACGUUGGCGACAUCAGCGUGGACUACAGCAUAGAGUUCCACGGCCUCAAACCAGACUUUGGCUCCAAGCUGACCAUGAGCGCGGCAUCGCUGGGCGCUGUGCAGUUGGCCGCGUUGAGGCCACAGGAGGUCCAGCCUUCUGCGCAGCUCAAACACAUUGAACCCGUGUACAGACCCGCGGAAUCCAAGUUGGUGCCGCUCACAGCCCGCGACGUGAUCCCGCCCGGCCGCCAGAUCUACCAGCUGCUCAACACUUACACAUUCCACAUAGCCAAAGCCACGGAGGUGUCGCCCAUCGUGCCGCUGCUGUGCGACAUGCUGUACGAGUCGGAGUUCGAGUCGCAGAUGUGGAUGCUGCACAACAGCUGCAAGCAGCUCAUGCUAGUGGGCGACGCUUACCCCUCCAAGUAUUCUGCGAAAGUGGAGAAGGGCGAGUACACACUGCGGCUGAGCGUCCGUCACGAAAACCGGACGUUACUGGAGCGGCUAUCGGAACUACCCGUCGUCAUACAGCAACGCCUCGCGCAACCCAUCUCGCUCGACGCGUACUGCUCACAGCCACAGGCACUGACGGGCGGCAAGAAAUUCACCUCAGCCUCCAUGUCCAAUGGCGAACUGCUACCUCUUUACUUCACGCCCGUGCCUGCUGAUAAGAUAAGUCGGUCGAGCAUAUCCCCGGGCGUGACACUCACAGGCGUGGUCACAUUCGCGAAGGACGAGCUCGGCCACAAAGCCGACACGUACGGCGUGUCACUAGUGGCGUGCGAGGCGCCGCGCCGGGCGCCUCGAGACGCGAGGCCGAGGCAGGAUGACUACACGGACGCCUAUAAGGAUUUCAUCUCCGCGUGGCUGCCUAAACUGGAGGGCGAGAAGUUGGAGCAAGUGUAUGAAGACCUGGUGGAAAAGUUCCCCACGUACCUCGGCGCGCACGUGGCGUACUUACACGGAAUCGACUCGCCCACCGACCCUAAAAAAUUACCGAGCGCGACGGAAGAGCCCGAUGUUACGACGGCGUGGUGUGAACAGCUCAUUGCCAUAUCCGAUAAGGUCAUAAAGCAGAUCGAUCAGGACAAGUUGCUGGCGUAUCUCGGAAUGAAAAACGACACGCGCCCCGACGCCACCAAAAUUAAACAAGAGCAAGAAAAGCAGAAGGGCUACCUAAUAGACGCCCUGUGUCGGAAAGGAACGGCGCUAUGCAGGCUCAAGGCGUUAGCACAGAGCAACGCAGCCAAAGAGAAGCUCGCCGAUGCGUUGCAGAGCAAUAUGACCGACCUCAUGAAGUUUACUGACCUCAGUGACACUAAGGCGAUCCACUACGGGGUGUGGCACUGCUUCAGCCUCAAGCACUGGGGGCGCGCCUGCAAGCUGCUCACCAAGAUCCUUGAGGAGCGACCUUCCAAGGAGGUGGAGGAGCGGCUCGCGCAGGCCUACCGGCAGCUGGGCUGGAGCUACCUGGCCGCCGCCACGCUCGCCGCGAUACCCACCAAGUACCCGUCCGCGUACCGACCCUUCUGAUCACACCACUAGUAAUGCCCGCCUUUUUACACGACGACAAUGUUCCACAAGUCAAAAGUUCCCGUACAGUGCAAAUCUUCAUGGGCAGCGGUAAUCACUUAACACCAGGUGACCCGUCUGCUCGUUUUCUCGCUUUUGUAUAUAAAACAAAAAAAAAACAGUGGGUCAUUGGUGUCACACAGUAAGUAAACUUGUAACAGGACGUCGAUGCUUUACCUACAUUGGCAGACGUCAAAUGUUGCCUAACGACGUUAGGUAGGCUAUGAAACGACUAGGUAUCUUUGAUUUUACGUCACCCCUAAUCUAAUAUUUGACAGAUGUCGAUUCAGGAUCAAAAUCGAUACUUUCCUCACUCUAGUUCUGUAUGCCGAGUGACUGUGUGGUGACGUCAAAUCA